CCUGCAGGGCCCACAACCACUCGGGCGUGGCCCCCAGUCUUGUGCUGACGUGGCCUGAUUACAUACACUUUCCUAUUAUAUCUUUGGAUAUGCCCUUCGCUUGCAUUUUGUCUCCAUAGUUUUCAUUUCUUUAAAUUUUUUUUUUUUUUUGCAAAAGAAAAAAGGUUUCAUAUUUUGUCGUGGUUUUUGGUUAUUCAGAUUCGGGAAUCUAUGUGCGCCACCCGAGGGACGUACCAUCUUGCAUUUAUAAUAAAAACAAAAUUCUGGUUUUCUAUAAAGUAAUAUUAUGUAAUUGACCAAUUAUUUGUUCACUCUAUAUAUAAUUAUCAUUUAUCAUGCAUUAAAUAUCUAUCAAUCUAUAGUCACAAAUUAAUGUAGCAUCUAGAACAGUCGUUAUCAUUUUAAAAUUGAGUAAAUUAUUUUUGUGUGUAGUGGAUUUCAAACAGUUUCUCUAAACGAUUCUAUUUAAAUUCUAUUUUUUUUUAAUCCAACGGCCAAAUUGAAAAAUAAUAAUUUACGUAUAAAGACAAAAGGGAUUGGGUUUUCCAUGACCUAUUCCUCUUUAAUUUGAUAUUUUAUUUUUAAUUAUUGUCUAAACCAAUGAAAGUAACCCUACCUCUCUCUCUCUCUCUCAUUUUUUCUUCUCUCUCGAGAAAAGAAAGGAAAAAAAAAACUUUUUUUGUUGAUGGAUGGGGAAACAGGUUUCUCGUUUGGACGACCAAGCGGCGGCGGAGGAGAACGGAGGCCGCCGUCGAGGACGAAGGCGGAGCUGAGAUUUGCGGCGGCGCAUUCUGUGUCGAGGAUCUCGGAGGCGGAGGCGGAGGCGGCAACCGCCAUUAACGCCGGCGUUAAAGCUCCCUCUAUGAGCUUUGGAAUAGAGAAUCAUCAUCAUCACUCUUGGGAUACUCCAUCUUCAAACCACAUCAGUUUCACCAUUGAUCAACCCGGAAAACGGUCCAAGACUACCGACUUCUUCACCCUAGAAACUCAGUUCAGCAUGCCACAAACGUCUAUGGAGAUUGCAAGAAUGGAGAACUUGAUGAGCAUACCGGAAGACUCGGUCCCUUGCAGGAUCCGAGCGAAACGCGGCUGUGCUACUCACCCUCGAAGCAUCGCCGAAAGGGAGAGAAGAACAAGAAUAAGUGGAAAACUGAAGAAGUUGCAAGAAUUGGUUCCCAAUAUGGACAAGCAAACUAGCUAUGCUGACAUGUUGGAUUUGGCUGUGGAGCAUAUCAAAGGGCUUCAACACCAAGUAGAGAAACUGCAAACGGAGAUGGAGAAAUGUACUUGCGGCGCAUGCAAGAGGUGAUCCAUUAUCGAUGUUUUCUGUCUUACUUUUAUGAUAGCUCGAAGAGGGAAACCUUAUAGACAAUACAAGAAGAAACCACUUCAGUUCCGAGGAUUUUGGAGGUUGGAAGAAACACGUUUUCCAAGUCUGGUUUUGGCAGGCAUUCCGCAAUAACACGUUCGAAUCUGAAGUAGUUUCCGCAAUUUACGAUCAAAACAUGCAUUUUCGUGUAUAUAUUAUAUGCCCAAAACGUUUUGAUAUUGGAUUUCAUACGAGGAAAAUCGGGUUUUCUUUCAACGUUUGAUUAAUGAAAGCCCAGCUUAAUUUUGAA